AUGGCCAAGCAAGAAACCCCUUACCGAGUUUAUGGAAACAAAUAUGACACAUCCUGCAAUGAGUACACUUACGAAGCGGCUCAUGCUGUUACCAAUGGCUGCAUUGCGAUAGAAACCGACAAAAUAUGUGAGCUUAUAUACAGCCCGUAUAUUAGUGUUGUUAUUUCAGUGACAUUGGUUGUGAAAAUCAUUACCAUAUCCUUUGCAGCCUAUAUGAGUCGCUCUCGAAAAUGCCCUUGUUGA